CUCCCGUGGGUGUGGCAAGGGUCCAGCGCCAGGCCUGCCCAUGGUCCAGCAGAGUCUGCAGCCUGCCCAGAACAGCCAGGAGGAGGUCUCAUACUUAACCCUCGCCAAGCUGCCUGGAUACAGGGUUGCUGGGCCUGGAGAAGCCGCCUGGAGGAGCUUCCAGUGGCUGCCUUGCACAAAAGUGACUCCUGGGCCCAGUUCUGGGGCAAAGAUGCCUGCCCUUCACAUCGAGGAUCUGCCGGAAAAGGAAAAGCUGAAGAUGGAGGUUGAGCAACUUCGCAAAGAAGUGAAGUUGCAGAGACAACAGGUGUCUAAAUGCUCUGAAGAAAUAAAGAACUAUAUUGAGGAACGUUCUGGAGAGGAUCCUCUGGUGAAGGGGAUCCCAGAAGACAAGAAUCCCUUCAAAGAAAAGGGCAGCUGUGUCAUUUCCUAACUCUGGGGGAAACUCUAUUCUCACUUGUGGCAAGUUGUUCCUUUGUUUUAUUCCCCCCCCCCCCCCGAAAUAAAACCGAAGUGUAUGUUAAAGAAGGUAAAGUGUAAUUGAGAAGAAAACUGCUGCAGGCACUCUCCAGGAAGUUUAUGUGCGACUUUGGUGUGUGCCUGCUUCUGACUCGUGCUCAGGAUACUCCCGUCUUCGGAGGGCGCUUGUGGGACAAAGGCAUGACCCUACCUUUUCACUGAGCUGCUUGCUGCCUCCAAUAAAGUUUGUCU